AUGAAGGAGCACGGCGGUACUGCACACAAGGUCGCGUCUGUCUUACUCCGAUUCUUGGAGCUGUCCAGCGCGGUGAUUGUCCUCGGCCUCCUUUCCCGGUUCGCCUACAACCUCAGCAUUGCCGGGGUCCAUAUGGAUGGAAGGCUUGUCUACACCAUGGUUGUCGCGUCGAUCGGUAUUGUGUAUUCCAUUUUCCUCUGUCCACCAUUCGACAUUCUUUUCUUGAGCUUCCCCUUCGACUUUAUCCUCUUCAUCAUGUGGCUCGUUGCAUAUUGCUUGCUCCAAACGAAAACCAGAAGCCACUCCUGCUCAGCAUCCUGGUAUUAUAAUUACUGGGGUUAUUACUGGGGUCACUUCUGGACCGUUGGUCCCGUCGGCAGAGUCAACAUCCACAGUGUCGGAUGUGGUCAAUGGCGAACCGUUCUGGCCUUCUCGUUCAUCGCCUGGGUCCUUCACUUAAUCAGUGCUGUUCUGGGUGUGUACGUAUUCCAGAACUAUGUCCGAGUCAAGGACGCGAUGCACUCUGCGAAGCAGCAGAUGCGAAAAAUGUCCCACAGUCACCCUUCGGAUUGGGCUGGCAGGGACUCUGCAAACAUGGAACCCGUUCGAACCGAUCCCGAAGUCACGCAGCCAACCUCGACUGUAUAA